CUUUCAUUUCAUUUUCCACUUUCAACCUCUUUCAAGAAAAAAAUUCCCUUUUCGCCCAGCUUUUUACUGCUUGUUUCUCUGCUUCUUUUUUUUUCAAUCUUCUGUCAAAACAUUAUAUACCCAGAGAAUUCUGAUUGAGAUAUGCGGCAACGUUCAUUCUGGUUCGUUUGCCUGAUGCUUAUCGGCGCAGUAAGCGCCCAACUGGAUAUGUCGAUAGGAUAUACACCGCUCAGUACAGUCAAUCCGCUCGCUAUGUUUGAUGGCGGCGAUAAAGAUUGUCCGCCGUGCUUCAACUGUAUGCUUCCAGGAUUCGAAUGUCUGCACUUUGCUAAUUGCAGUGAAUACAACGGCAAAUGUAUAUGUCCACCUGGUUUUGGCGGUGACGACUGCAAACAACCUCUUUGCGGAGGUUUGGAUGAUGGCCAUAAUAGGACGCCUAGACAGAAUGAUCACUGUGAUUGCCCCGAAGGCUGGGAAGGCAUCAACUGCAAUGUGUGUAGUAUGGACUCGGUAUGUGACUCUUUGGUUCCUACCGGUCAAAACGGUACCUGCUAUCGAGGAGGUCUCACGGUCUUUGAGAAUCAUCAAAUGUGCAAUGUCACCAACCGAAAGAUUUUGGAACAACUCAAGACUCAGAUUCCGCAAGUAACUUUCUCUUGCAAUCGACAGCAUGAAACAUGUGAUUUCCAAUUCUGGGUCGAUGAGGUCGAAUCCUUUUACUGUCAUUUGGAUGAAUGCGCUUUUGAUCAAGUGCACGAGUAUGACCGCAAUAUGACCAACUACAAAUGUAAUACUAUCGAUUGUCGAUGUGUGAAAGGCGAAAUGCUUUGCGGCAAAGAUGGCUCUAUCGAUCUGACGGACAUGUUGAAGGAAGAUAUCAAGGGACCUGCCACUUUCAAAUGUGAAGGUUCUAACUGUCUUUUCUCUGAACCGGCAAUGGAUGACCUCAUUUCGGCUGUUUUUGGAGAUGACUCCAUCUUUUUAUCCUGCAAUUCCGGUGAAUGUCUGCAUUACACAAUGGUGCCUGGUUUUCAUCGUCCAGAAAGACCAAUGAAUUGGAUCAUGAUUAUCAGUGGUAUUGCUGGGGUGGGCACCUUCCUUAUUUUGAUCUCGCUCAUUGUCGCCUACUUUGCAAGAAAGCCCAGCGGUUCCGGCUACUUUGCGUUGGCGGAUGACGAAGCCGGCAAAUUGAUGGCGGAACAUACACCUGCCAAUCUUGUUUUCGACAAUAUCUGCUACACUGUCAACAAGCAAACGGUGCUUAAAAACGCGAUGGGUAUGGCUCGGCCCGGAGAAGUCAUGGCGAUCAUGGGUCCAUCGGGUGCUGGCAAAUCCACCUUGCUGGAUAUUUUGGCCAAUCGCACCAAAACAGGCACGGUAUCUGGUCAAGUCUAUCUCAACGGACAAACGCUGUCGCCUUCCGAGUAUAAGAAAAUGAUUGGUUAUGUCGAUCAAGAGGACACCAUGAUUCCGACCUUGACGGUUUACGAAACCAUUUUGUACUCGGCGUUACUGCGCUUGCCGCGAUCCAUGAGUGAACAAGCCAAAAAGUUUAGAGUCAUGGAAGUUAUGCAGGAACUCGGCAUUGAUGGUAUUAAAGAUUCCAAAAUUGGUCAACCGGAUAAUCGUUCCAUUAGUGGUGGUGAACGUCGCCGUGUCGCCAUUGCUUGCGAACUCGUAACAUCGCCUUCCAUUCUCUUCCUUGACGAACCCACCAGUGGAUUGGACGCCUAUAAUGCUUACAAUGUCGUGGAAUCGCUAGUCACUCUGGCCCGCGACUACAAUCGAACCAUCAUUUUCACGAUUCAUCAACCGCGUUCCAACAUUGUCACGUUAUUCGAUCAGCUCGUGCUGCUUGCCAAAGGGCGCAUCGUUUACUCGGGUCCUGAGAAUCGUGUUCAAAGCUAUUUCCGCAACGCUGGCUACUCAUGCCCACCUGGUUUUAAUAUUGCUGACUACCUCAUUGAUCUGACCAUGCAAUCGACGCCACCUCGUCCACCUACCAUUCUGGAACAUAACGAUAACCCGAUUGACGUGGCUUCGACGGCUGCUCCUCCCAAUAAUCGACGUGGCUUUUCUUCUACGGAUCAUCAGCUUCAGGACGAUUUGGAAAACACAAGUCAACAAUGGGCUUCAGAACUAGGCAAUCGAGAACAAGAAACCCGGCCGCGACGAUCCCGCCGAUCGCAACAGCCCAGCAUGGACGUUGUUAUUGAUGGAGAAAACUCGGCCAAUGCUGUGGACGAAGAAGGCUUGACCAUUCAUCUUCGUCGACUCGUUGAUAAUUAUGAUAAUAGUUUUGUUGCCAACGCCUUGCGAAACGAAAUCCGUGGUGCGGUAUCUGCUGCAUCCUCAGCGGAAGGUCAUGAAGCUGUCCCUAUUCGUCCUGUCAAUACACACGAACGUCCUGGUUGUCUAGCUCAAUUCCGCAUUCUCGCCGAUCGAACCUUCAAAAACCUGUACAGAAACCCAAUGCUGAUGUUUGCUCACUAUGCUAUUGCCGUCGCGCUUGCAUUAAUCUGUGGUGGAUUGUUCUACCGGGUGUCAAAUACCAUUGCUGGCUUCCAGAAUCGCAUGGGUCUAUUCUUCUUUUAUGAAGCACUGCUGGGUUUUAUGUGCCUUACGUCGCUUCAAGUAUUUUCCAGCGAACGAGUCCUUUUUGUGAGAGAGCGUGCCAACGGGUAUUAUUCACCCGGGGUCUACUUUUUGUCAAAAGUGUUGUUUGACAUCAUUCCUUUGCGUGUGGUUCCACCGUUGAUGAUGGGCUUGAUCUCCUAUUACAUGGUUGGCUUGGUGGAAGGAGUGGCCGAGUUCUUUAAAUUCCUGCUGGUCAUGGUGCUGUUCAACCUAACAGCUGCCGCCAUGUGCUUGGCUAUCGGUGUUGUUUUCAAGAACCUUUCAAUGGCGAAUCUUUUGUGUUGCAUGGCCAUGCUCUUCUCCAUGCUGUUUGCUGGUCUUUUGCUCAACAAGGAUUCCAUGUCGCCUUACUUCGGUUGGCUGAAACACUUGUCCUUCUUCAACUAUGCUUUGGAAGCUCUGUUGGUGAAUGAGCUCAUUUAUCUUCAACUUGUAGAGGAACGCUACGGUUUAAAUAUCGAUGUUCCUGGUGCUACUAUCUUAUCGACAUUUGGUUUCAACGCCAGAAAUUACUGGCCCGAUGUGAUUAAGCUUGCUGUUAUGUUUAUGACGUUUAUUGUAUUCGCAUUUGUUUGGUUAGUGUUCUUUGUCAAAGAACGUAGAUAAGCCUGACCAGCAAAAAGGCUGUUUUUUUCUCCCUCUCAUUGUACAUGUUCUCGAUUCAGUUUUUAUAUUCUCUUUCCCCCUUUUUUCUACUUUGAUUUGGUUUGUUACGAUAGGAUAAGGGUUCAAACGUUCCGUG